AAAUCUUUAAAGAGCUAAGCGAACGUGAAUCGGAGAGAGUCGGGAAUCAAAGUUGGUUUUUCUUUGGUAUCUGAGUCGAUUCGAUCAGUAAACUCAGCUGCGAGAUAAGGGAUGAGCUCGGUGGAAGGUCUAGUGACUCAAAUCCAGGGGCGAUCAAGCACCGCCUCUGAUGUUUUAUUGCUACAAAAUUUGCUUAAACAAGCUGAUGACUCACUCCAUUCCGAGUCGACUCGGUUGUUACCUUUUCUCGACCAACUCGACCCUUCCAUGCACUCUCUCGGUUACCUCUAUUUCCUAGAGGCAUGCACUGCUGGUCCAGUUACAAAAGAACAAGCUAGUUCAUUUGUGUUAAUCAUUGCCAGAUUUAUAAGUUCAUGUGUUGCUGAGCAAAUUCGAUUGGCGCCUGACAAAUUUAUGUCUGUUUGUAAGAGAUUCAAGGACCAAGUUCUGUUGCUUGAGGAGCCCUUGCGUGGGGUUGCUCCGAUGCUGACUGCUAUUCGGAAGCUUCAGUCUUCUACGGAACAUUUGACUACUUUACAUCCGGAGUUUCUUUUGCUUUGUUUGCUGGCAAAGUGCUAUAAAACUGGUCUUUCCAUUCUAGAGGAAGAUAUUUUCGAUGUUGAUCAGCCGAGGGACCUUUUUCUCUAUUGCUAUUAUGGGGGAAUGAUAUGCAUUGGACAAAAGCAUUUUCUGAAAGCAUUGGAGCUUCUACAUAAUGUUGUGACUGCUCCAAUGUCUACCAUAAAUGCUAUAGCCGUUGAGGCUUACAAAAAAUACAUAUUGGUCUCUCUUAUUCACCCUGGACAGUUUUCUACCAGUCUCCCUAAGUAUGCUUCUUCGGUUGGCCAGAGAAAUUUGAAGAACUUAUGUCUGCCAUAUAUCGAACUGGCAAAUAGUUAUGGCAAUGGGAAAAUUGCAGACUUAGAGACAUAUGUGCAGGCAAACAAGGAGAAAUUUGAAACUGACAACAAUCUAGGUUUGGUGAAGCAGGUUGUAUCAUCCAUGUAUAAGCGAAAUAUCCAGAGGUUGACUCAGACCUAUUUAACUCUCUCCCUUCAGGACAUAGCGAACACAGUGCAACUGAAUAGCCCUAAGGAAGCGGAAAUGCAUGUUCUUCAAAUGAUUCAAGAUGGUGAGAUAUAUGCAACCAUCAACCAAAAGGAUGGGAUGGUUAGAUUCCUAGAGGAUCCUGAACAAUAUAAGUCCUGUGAAAUGAUUGAGCGUAUUGACUCAUCAAUCCAAAGGUUGAUGACCCUCUCAAAGAAGCUGACGAUUAUGGAUGAACUCAUGUCAUGUGAACCAUUGUAUCUAGCAAAAGCUGGGCGAGAGCGACAGAGGUUAGACUUUGACGACUUUGACACUGUUCCUCAGAGGUUUAACAUAUGAUUGGUAAAUGGCAAUGACAAAGAUGCUAGACAUACAAAUUUGUUCUGUUGGCUUCAAGUUGUUAAAAGAGGUGGCAAAUUUUCUUAUGUAGUUUUGCUCACCCAAGUUGUGGAUGUGUGAUUAAUUGAACAAUAGCUUUUGCACAUUACUUAAUAGA